AUGUCAAAAACACGAGAAACUUUACGUGAAUGUGGUCGUUGGGUAUGUCAUUCAUUGGACAUAUUAAAGGCAAUUAUAAUGAGAGUUAUAUUUGCACUUCAUGCAACUAUUGCUAUUAUACGUAUUGUUAUAACGAAAGGUGAUUAUUGGUAUUUAUUAAAUAUGUGUGGUGUUAAUUUUCUUCUUAUUGAAUUGAUUGUCACAAUUGUUAAACGAAAAGGAAAAGAACCAAAGUGGUUUUCACCUUGUUUUUUCCUUUAUAUUUGUACAAUGAUUCCACCAAUAUGGUUUCUUGAAAUAAAUCGUAUUAAUAGUAAACUUGGUCUUGUACCGCUUAAUCAAACUGAAGGAGCUGAAUUAACAUCAAUGAUUGAAAAAGGGAUUAUUUCAAAAGCUAAUCUCAACGAAAAAACGGUAUGCUUAUUUGAUUAUUGUUUACUAUAG